ACAGGUGGCGCCCAGCAGGGCAGGAGCCGGGUCGGGCCAUGGCCGCCUCGGAGCGGCUCUAUGAGUUGUGGCUGCUUUACUACGCGCAGAAGGACCUGGGCUACCUACAGCAGUGGCUGAAGGCGUUUGUGGGCGCCUUCGAGAAGAGCAUCUCACUGACCUCCCUGGAGCCACGGAGGCCAGAGGAGGCAGGGGCCGAGGUCCCUCUGCUGCCCCUGGAUGCCCGGCAUGUGCUGGCCGAGCAGCUGGACCUGGGAGACUUGGAGCAAGCGCAGUUGCUGCUCAAGCUCUUCAUCAUCCUCUGCAGGAACCUGGAGAAUGUCGAGGCAGGGUGGGGCCAGGUCCUGGUGCACCGUGUGCUGGCACUGCUCUCUGGGCUGGUGGCUGAGCUGAAAGGGACCGCAUUGUCCCAGGAGGGCCGAGGGACCCAGCUAGAGAACGUGGCCCUGCAUGCCCUGUUGCUCUGUGAGGGUCUCUUUGACCCCUACCAGACCUGGAGGCGCCAGCACAGUGGGGAAGUCAUCAGUGCCAAGGAGAAGAGCAAAUACAAAUUCCCUCCCGCGGUUUUGCCCCGUGAAUUCGAAGUCUUCUUCCAAGAGAGUCUGCAGGAUGCGGACCGCUUGCCUGCCGUGCUGCUGUUGAGGCUUGUUCACCUCUUUGGUGCUGUCCUCGCUGGAGGAAAGGAAAAUGGGCAGAUGGCUGUGAGCGCUGGCUCUGUGCAGGGCCUGCUGGGAGUGGUGCGGAGCUGGGGCCGUGGCCCCGAUCAGGACCCCCGUGUGGUGCCAAUGGCCUUGGAGGCACUGGUGGGUGCAGUGCAUGUUCUGCAUGCCAGCCGUGCACCCCCCCGUGGGCCAGAGCUCCGCACUUUGCUUGAGGGUUACUUCCGCAUCCUUAACGCUGACUGGCCAGCUAGUCCCAGCUCGGGCCCCGAAGAGGCUCUGGUCACCCUGAGGGUCAGCAUGCUCGAUGCCAUCCCCAUGAUGCUGGCAUGUGAGGACCGGCCCGUGCUACAGGCCACCUUCCUUAGCAACAAUUGCUUUGAACAUCUUAUUCGCCUCAUCCAGAACAGCAAGCUGUACCUGCAGGCCCGGGCGCCCCCUGAGGGGGACAGUGACCUGGCUACCCGGUUACUGACCGAGCCCGAUGUCCAGAAGGUACUGGAUCAGGACACGGAUGCCAUCGCAGUCCAUGUGGUCAGAGUUCUGACUUGCAUCAUGAGUGACUCCUCCUCGGCCAAGGAGGUGUUUAAGGAGCGCAUUGGCUAUCAGCACAUGCAGGAGGUUCUGCAGAGCCACGGCCCCCCCACUCGCCGGCUGCUGCAGGAAUUGCUGGACAUGGCCGUGGAGGGUGACCACAGCGUGCACCCGCCUCCGCCCAUCUGCAACGAGCAGCCCGUGCUGGUGCUGACGCAGUGGUUGCCAGCACUGCCCACGGCUGAGCUGCGGCUCUUCCUGGCGCAACGCCUCCGGUGGCUCUGUGACAGCUGUCCCGCCAGCCGUGCCACCUGCGUACAAGCCGGCCUGGUGGGCUACCUGCUGGAGACACUUGGCACGGGGGCAUCCUUGGGGGCCCGCUGUCAGGAGCAGCUGCUGGCACUGCUACAAGCUCUAGGCCGCGUGUCACUAAGACCCUUGGAGCUACGCCGCCUGCUGCGUCCCCCACCGGGCCUAGAUUCCGAAGCAGGUGGCACCGAGGCGCAGAAGGCUCAGCAUGCAGGCGCCAUCAUCCGAGCCCUGUCGGGCAUGGCCAGGCACCACGGUCCCGCACGUGCCCUACGCUACUUUGACCUCACACCCAGUAUGGCGGGCAUCAUGGUGCCCCCUGUGCAGCGAUGGCCGGGGCCCGGCUUCACCUUCCACGCGUGGCUCUGUUUGCACCCCAUGGAGACGGCGCCCACCCUAGCUCCCAGCCGGCCCCUCCAGCGCAAACAGCUGUACAGCUUCUUCACCAGCAGUGGCUCAGGGUUUGAGGCCUUCUUCACAGCGUCUGGGACCCUGGUGGUGGCCGUGUGCACACGGAAGGAGUACUUGACCGUGAGCUUGCCGGAACUGUCCUUUGCUGAUUCCGCUUGGCACUGCGUGGCCGUCGUCCAUGUGCCUGGGCGCCGGCCCUUUGGUCAGAAUCUAGUGCAUGUCUUCAAAGAUGGGCAUCUGGUCAAGACGGCACCUCUUCGCUGCCCGUCUCUCAGUGAGCCUUUCUCCUCCUGUUGUAUCGGCUCUGCUGGGCAUCGCACAACCACCACCACCACGGGGCUCCCCAUGGCACCAGUCUCCAGUGCCCUGGCAUACACGCACCCCUCCCUCGCCCGUUCCCAGUCAGUCCCAGCCUCCACAGGCCUGAGCUGGGGUGCCGGCCUGGCGGCCCCCCUGCAGGAGGGCAGCAUCAGCUCCACCCUAGCAGGCACUCAGGACACUCGGUGGGGCAGCCCCACGUCCCUGGAGGGGGAGCUAGGGGCUGUGGCCAUCUUCCACGAAGCCCUGCAAGCAGCCUCCCUGAGGGUCCUGUGUGCCCUGGGGCCCAAUGAGCCAGCGCCCUUCAAGCCUGAGGGUGAAUUACACGAGCUCAGGGCCAAGCUACUCCUCCAUUACUCACCUCAGGCCUGUAAGAGCAACAUCUGCCUGGACCUGUCCCCCAACCACGGGCUGGAUGGCCGCCUUACGGGCCAUAGAGUAGAGACAUGGGACGUGAAGGACGUGGUGAAUUGUGUAGGAGGCAUGGGUGCCCUGCUGCCCUUGCUGGAACGAGUAGCCACACAGCCCCGAGAGGCUGAGGCCGGUUCGGACGAGACACAUGAUCUCUUGGGGCCUGAACUGACAUCUGGCCACAACAGUCAGGGCCUGCUGCUUCCCCUGGGCAAGUCUUCCGAGGAGCGGAUGGAGAAGAACGCGGUGGCCGCCUUCCUGCUGAUGCUGCGGAACUUCCUACAGGGCCAUGCUGUGAACCAGGAGAGCCUGGUGCAGUGUCAGGGGCCCGCCAUAAUUGGAGCCCUUCUGCGCAAGGUCCCCAGCUGGGCCAUGGACAUGAAUGUGCUCAUGUCUGCCCAGGUGCUCAUGGAGCAGGUGGCCGCUGAGGGCGGUGGGCCUCUCCUCUACUUGCUCUACCAGCACCUGCUUUUCAACUUCCACCUCUGGGCCCUCAGUGACUUCGCCGUGCGCCUCGGCCACAUCCAAUACAUGUCCAGCAUAGUCCGCGAGCACAGACAGAGGCUUCGGAAGAAGUAUGGGGUCCAGUUCAUCCUUGAUGCUCUGCGCAGCCACUACAGUCCGCAGCGGGAGCGCCCCCUUGCGGCUGAUGACCUGCGUACAGUGCAGACUUCCCUCCUGGGCCUGGCCCGGGAGUUCCUGGUUAGGAGCAUCUCGGCAGAUGACAUGCAGGUCAUGCUUAAUUUCCUGGCAGCCAUUGGUGACGAUGGCCAGGUGGUGGGCGCCCUGGACCUGCUGCUGGCCCUCCUUCAGGGCUCUCCAGCGCAGGAGUCCCUGGCCGUCUUCCUGUUGGAGCCAGGGAACCUCGAGGUGCUCUUCGCCCUGCUGGUGCGGCCAAGGCCGCUGCCCCUGCUAACUGACCGAGUCUGCAAGAUCCUGCGCAGACUGCAGCAGAAUGAGCGGUUACCUGAGCGAAGCCGCCAGAGGCUCCGGCUACGAGACAGCGGUCUCCAGGGUCUGGUCGCCUGCCUGCCUGAAGGGACUGUCUCUCCUCAACUCUGCCAGGGCCUGUACAAGCUGUUUGUGGGAGCAGAUUGCCUGAAUCUCUCCGAUCUGUUGGCUGUGGUGCAGCUGUCCCUCCAGGCUGACCUCAGUGUCCGCCUGGACAUCUGUCGUCAGCUCUUCCACCUCAUCUAUGGGCAGCCAGAUGUGGUGCGGCUGCUGGCCCGACAGGCUGGCUGGCAGGAUGUGCUGACACGGCUGUAUGUCCUGGAGGCUGCCACGGCAGGCGGACCCUCAGAGCCACCCACCUCCCUGGAGCCGGCCCUGUCUCCACCGCCUGCCGAGACACUUGCCGAGACCUCGGAUGUCUUCCUACCCUCAGGGGCGCCUUGUCCUGACCCGGAUGCCUUUUACCAUGCCCUCUCCCCAUUCUGUGUGCCCUUUGACCUGGGUCUGGAACGAGCCAGUGUGGGCUCAGGCAAUACUACCGGUGGUGGCAGCAGCAGCAGCGGGACUGUCACUCCGGCCAGCCAGCCCGGCACACCUUCCCCGCUGGAUGGGCCUCGGCCCUUUCCCGCCGCCUGUGGCCGCCAUAGCUCCAGUCUCUCCAAUGUGCUGGAGGAUGGCAGCCUCCCGGAGCCUGCCGUCAGCGGGGACGACACUUCUAACACCAGCAACCCCCAGCAAACCCCGGAGGAGGAGCUGUGCAACCUGCUCACCAACGUACUAUUCUCUGUGACUUGGCGGGGCGUGGAGGGCAGCGACGAGGCUGCCUGGCGGGAGCGUGGCCAGGUCUUCUCCGUGCUCACCCAGCUUGGGGCCUCAGCCACACUGGUGCGCCCCCCAGACUGCAUCAAACGCAGCCUCCUGGAGAUGAUGCUGGAGUCCUCCCUGACAGACGUCAAGGAGGCGCCCCCGGCCGGCCUGGCCGCCCUCGCCGAGCAGGCACUGUGGCUGCUGCGUCUGCUGCAGGACUUCCUGUGCGCCGAGGGCCACGGUAACCAGGAGCUUUGGAGUGAGAAGCUCUUUGAAGGUGUGUGCAGCCUCCUUGAUCGCCUGGGCGCCUGGCCACAUCUGGGCAACAGCACAGCCGAUCUCCGUGAGAUGGCGCAGAUUGGCCUGCGUCUUGUGCUUGGGUAUAUCCUGCUGGAGGACCCACAGCUGCAUGCUCAGGCCUACGUAAAGCUGCACACGCUCCUGCAGACCUCGGUGCCCGCCGGCCGCGAGGAGGCCUGUUACGUGCUUUCCAAGCUGGAGGCGGCGCUCAGCCGGGCGCUGAACUCCGCCGCUGUCCCGGAGGCUGAACACGCACAGGCCCCACCCGCAGCCGCAGCAGCCUCGGAGCGCUGCUCGUGGCUGGUGCCGCUGGUGCGCACACUGCUGGACCGUGCCUACGGGCCGCUGGGACUCCAGUGGGGGCUGCCCUCCUUGCCACCCACGAACGGCAGCCCUACCUUCUUUGAGGACUUCCAGGCUUUUUGCGCCACACCCGAAUGGCGCCACUUCAUCGACAAGCAGGUGCAGCCCACCAUGUCACAGUUUGAGAUGGACACAUAUGCUAAGAGCCAUGACCUCAUGUCGGGCUUCUGGAACGCCUGCUACGACAUGCUCAUGAGCAGCGGCCAGCGACACCAGCGGGAACGCAGCCAUAGUCGGCGGGCCUUUCAGGAGUUGGUGCUGGAACCUGCCCAGCGCAGGGCUCGCCUGGAAGCGCUGCGGUACGCCGCGGUGCAGAAGCAGCAGGCGGCGCAGCACUCGAUGGCGCUGCUGCAGUGGGGCGCGCUAUGGCGCCAGCUCUCCAGCCCUUGUGGGGCCUGGGCGCUACGGGUGCCUCCAACCACCCACUGGAAGCUGUCCAGCGCUGAGACAUACUCACGCAUGCGCCUGAAGCUGGUACCCAACCAUCACUUUGACCCUCAUCUGGAAGCCAGUGCCCUGCGUGACAACCUGGGUGAGGCACCCCUGACACCCACAGAGGAGACCUCACUCCCUCUGGCAGUGACCAAAGAGGCCAAAGUCAGCACCCCACCAGAGGAACUGCAGGAAGACCAAUUAGGAGAGGAAGAGCUGGCCGUGUUGGAGACCCCGGUGGAGGCGGCAGAAUUGGAUGAGCAGCGUGAGAAGCUGGUGCUGUCGGCGGAGUGCCAGCUGGUCACGGUGGUGGCCGUGGUGCCAGGAUUGCUGGAGGUCACCACGCAGCACUUGUACUUCUAUGAUGGCAGCACCGAGCGUGUGGAAACCGAGGAGGGCAUCGGCCAUGACUUCCGGCGCCCACUGGCCCAGCUGCGCGAAGUCCACCUGCGGCGUUUCAACCUGCGCCGCUCAGCCCUGGAGCUCUUCUUCAUCGAUCAGUCCAACUACUUCCUCAACUUCCCCUGCAAGGUGGCUGGGCCCUCCUCUCCGUGCCAGGCUCCGAGGCCCCAGCCCUCCCCUGUUGCCCACCAUACCCUGGUACGGAACCAGGUGUACUCAUGGCUCCUACGCCUGCGGCCACCCACCCAAGGCUACCUCAGCAGCCGCUCUCCUCAGGAGAUGCUGCGUGCCUCAGGCCUCACCCAGAAAUGGGUGCAGCGUGAGAUCUCCAACUUUGAGUACUUGAUGCAACUCAACACCAUUGCGGGGCGCACCUACAACGACCUGUCUCAAUACCCUGUGUUCCCCUGGGUCUUACAGGACUACGUGUCCCCAACUCUGGACCUCAGCAACCCAGCUGUCUUCCGGGACCUGUCCAAACCCAUCGGUGUGGUGAACCCUAAGCAUGCCCAGCUCGUGAGGGAGAAAUACGAGAGUUUCGAGGAUCCUGCGGGCACUAUUGACAAGUUUCACUAUGGUACCCACUACUCCAAUGCAGCGGGCGUGAUGCACUACCUCAUCCGCGUGGAACCUUUCACCUCGCUGCAUGUCCAGCUGCAGAGUGGCCGCUUUGACUGCUCCGAUCGGCAGUUUCACUCGGUGGCGGCAGCCUGGCAGGCCCGCCUGGAGAGCCCUGCGGACGUGAAGGAGCUCAUCCCCGAGUUCUUCUAUUUCCCUGACUUCCUGGAGAACCAGAACGGUUUUGAUCUGGGCUGCCUCCAGCUGACCAACGAGAAGGUGGGCGACGUGGUGCUUCCCCCAUGGGCCAGCUCUCCUGAGGACUUCAUCCAGCAGCACCGCAGAGCUCUGGAGUCAGAGUACGUGUCUGCCCACCUGCACGAGUGGAUCGACCUCAUCUUUGGCUACAAGCAGCGGGGCCCAGCAGCCGAGGAGGCCCUUAACAUCUUCUACUACUGUACUUAUGAGGGGGCCGUAGACCUAGACCAUGUGGCGGAUGAGCGGGAACGGAAGGCCCUAGAGGGUAUCAUUAGCAACUUUGGGCAGACACCCUGUCAGCUGCUGAAGGAGCCACAUCCAGCCCGGCUCUCGGCUGAGGAAGCAGCCCAUCGCCUUGCCCGCCUGGACACUAACUCACCUAGCAUCUUCCAGAACCUAAACCAGCUGAAGGCCUUCUUUGCAGAGGUUGUCAGCGAGGGUGUUCCUGUGGUGUUCGCUCUGGUUCCCCACCGCCAGCCCCACUCCUUCAUCACUCAAAGCUCCUCAGAUCUGUUGGUGACUGUGAGUGCCAAUGGGCUGCUGGGCACCCACAGCUGGUUGCCCUACGACCGGAACAUAAACAACUAUUUCAGCUUCAGCAAAGACCCCUCCAUGGGUAACCCCAAGAUGCAGAGACUGCUGAGUGGCCCGUGGAUGCCGGGCAGUGGUGUGAGUGGGCAAGCACUGGCAGUGGCCCCGGAUGGAAAGCUGCUCUUCAGCGGUGGCCACUGGGAUGGCAGCCUGAGAGUCACUGCACUGCCCCGUGGCAAGCUGCUGAACCAGCUAAGCCAACACCUUGAUAUAGUAACCUGCCUUGCACUGGACACCUAUGGCAUCUACCUCAUUUCAGGCUCCCGGGACACCACGUGCAUGGUGUGGCGGCUCCUGCAGCAGGGUGGUCUAUCAGUAGGGCUGGCACCAAAACCCGUGCAGGUCUUAUACGGGCAUGAGACUGCAGUGAGCUGCGUGGCCAUCCGCACAGAGCUCGACAUGGCUGUGUCUGGAUCUGAGGGUGGAACUGUGAUCAUACAUACGAUACGCCGCGGGCAGUUUGUGGCAACGCUGCGGCCUCCAGGGUCCACGUUGCCUGGUCCUGUGCUCCACCUGGCACUGGGGUCCGAAGGCCAGAUAGUGGUACAGAGCUCCGCAUGGGAACGUCCAGGGGCCCAGGUCACCUACUCCUUGCACCUGUACUCUGUAAACGGGAAGUUGCGGUCUUCACUACUUCUAACAGAGCAGCCUACAGCCCUGGCAGUGACAGAGGACUUUGUUUUGCUGGGCACUACUCAAUGUGCCCUACACAUCCUUCACCUGAACAAACUGCGCACCGCAGCACCUCCCCUGCCCAUGAAGGUGCCAGUUCGCAGUGUGUCUGUGACCAAGGAGUGUAGCCACGUGCUGGUGGGCCUGGAGGACGGCAAGCUGAUCGUGGUGGGCGCUGGACAGCCGUCGGAGGUGCGCAGCAACCAGUUCGCGCGGAAGCUGUGGCGCUCCUCCUCGCGGCGGAUCACGCAGGUGUCCUCGGGCGAGACGGAGUACCGCGCCGGCGAGGCUCCGCGCUGAGCCAGGCAGGCCGAGGUGCGCACGCAGGCACCGCCCUUGGCCGAGCCAGAUGGGGGCGGCCCCGCCCAGGGGUUGGCUGCAUCAGGGGGCGGGGCGUGGUGGGCGGGGCCCACCCCCCGAGCUCAGGGAUUGGCGGAUGGUUUCACCAGGAAGUCCCGCCCCUCGCCGGGAGAGGGGCGGUGAGAACCCAGCGCCGGCCUCCGAGGCCACAGCAGCACUUUUUGCACAAGGGUGUGGUAGUGAUGGUGGUGGUGGUGGUGGGAGGAGAAGCCCCUGCUUCCGAGCCCCAACGCCCCAGCGAAGCAGCUCCAGGACCGCCCGUGGCCUUAAUUCUCAAAGGCGACCCUCGCCCCACCCCCACCCACCCAUUC